UUUGCAAACAGUCUAGACAAUAGCACGCUGACCAGGCUCAGUCCACAACACUGGCACGGAAUAUCUUUUGUGAUCAUGGCUCAGAACGGAAUUAUAGAAAACGGGCAGCCAAAGGGGGAAAUUCCCGGACUUCCUAAACCCGUGAAAAUUACAGAGGUGAAAUACACCAAGAUUUUCAUCAAUAAUGAAUGGCACUCAUCUGUAAGCGGGAAGACGUUUCCAACUUACAAUCCAGCCACAGGUGCGAAAAUCUGCGAAGUAGAGGAAGCCGAUAAGCUGGAUGUAGACAAGGCGGUGCUGGCGGCGAAGGCAGCGGGUGACAGGGGCUCUGCCUGGAGGCAGAUGGAGGUGUCCGGCCGCGGCCGGCUACUGAACAAGCUCGCGGACCUGAUGGAGAGGGACCGGGCUCUUCUGGCGACCAUGGAGACCAUGGACACUGGGAAACCUUUCCUGCAUUCCUUCCUCAUCGAUCUCGAUGGCAGCAUCAAAACGCUGAGAUACUAUGCCGGCUGGGCGGACAAGAUUCACGGCAAAACUAUGCCAGUCGAUGACAAUUUCAUGUGUUUCACCAAACAUGAGCCCGUCGGCGUGUGUGGAGCAAUCAUCCCGUGGAACUUCCCCCUCCUGAUGUUUGUGUGGAAGGUGGGACCAGCACUGUGCUGUGGUAACACCGUGGUCAUCAAACCAGCCGAGCAGACGCCACUCACUGCCCUCCACAUGGGGGCGCUGAUAAAGGAGUCUGGCUUCCCUCCUGGGGUGGUCAACAUCCUGCCAGGCUAUGGCCCGACAGCGGGGGCAGCGAUAUCCAACCACAUGGAGGUAGACAAGGUGGCUUUUACCGGCUCUACAGAGGUUGGGAAAUUAAUCAAAGAGGCAGCGGCUAGGAGUAACCUGAAGAGAGUGACGCUGGAGCUGGGCGGAAAGAACCCUACCAUCGUGUUCGCCGACGCGGAUUUGCGGCUGGCUGUGGAGGAGGUGCAGAGGGGCGCCUUCUUCAACCAGGGCCAGUGCUGCACCGCGGCCUCCCGCAUCUUCGUGCAGGAGCAGGUGUACGAGGAGUUUGUGCGGCUCAGCAUGGAGAGCGCUGAGCGGGUGCUGGCCGGGGACCCCAUGGACCCGCGUACGGCACACGGGCCACAGAUUGACCAGAAGCAGUUUGACAAGAUCGUGGAUCUGAUCAGGAGCGGUGAGCGAGAGGGUGCCACACUGGAAUAUGGAGGCCGUCCCAUGGAUCGCAAAGGCCUCUUCAUUAAGCCCACUAUCUUCUCAGGGGUCAAAGACCACAUGCGCAUCGCCAAAGAAGAGAUCUUUGGCCCGGUGCAGUGCAUAUUCUCAUUCAAAAGCCAGGAGGAGGCGAUAGAGAGAGCGAACGGAACACCGUACGGCCUGGCUGCUGCCGUGUUCACGCGCGACGUGGACCGGGCACUGAGCGUCUCUGCCGCCCUGCAGGCUGGCACCGUCUGGGUGAACUGUUACAACGCCCUUCAUGCCCAGACCCCCUUCGGUGGCUACAAAAUGUCAGGACAUGGAAGAGAGCUUGGUGAAUAUGCCCUGGCAGAGUACUCUGAAGUGAAAACUGUCACUAUCAAGGUGGCAAAACAGGACUGAGCAAGUCGGUGUGAAAGGCCGACAGGCCUGUGACCACAUGGGCACUUAGUAAGAGCGCGGCACUCACUGAGCGGUCUGCGCCUCCUCACCUUCACCCCUCGUCACUUCCCUGCCUCCUCCCCUCCUUACUUGCACCCCUCCAGGUCUCUGUAUCUCCUCACCUUCACCCCUUCUCGCCUCCCUCCCUCAUUGUCUGUGCCUCUCCUCACCUCCUUACAUGCACCCCUCCAGGUCUCUGUACCUCCUCACCUUUACCCCUCGUCACCUCCUCACCUUCACCUCACUGCCUCCUCCCCUCCUUACUUGCACCCCUCCAGGUCUCUGUAUCUCCUCACCUCCACCCCUUCUCGCCUCCCUCCCUCAUUGCCUGUGCCUCUCCUCAUCUCCUUACAUGCACCCCUCCAGGUCUCUGUACCUCCUCACCUUUACCCCUCGUCACCUCCUCACCUUCACCUCACUGCCUCCUCCCCUCCUCACCUAUGCCCAUCCUCACCUCCUUACCUUCAUCUCCCCUGUGUGCCUCUCCUUCUCCUCGCCUCCUUGCUUUUUGCCUCUGUUCCCCUUGACCUCUUUGCCUCCAUCCCUCUAUCUGACACCUCUUGCUCAGGGACUUGUUGUACGAGUAUGAACCUGGUUCCGGAGCAAUGUUGGGCAGACGAUGGGAUUACUGCUGUACAAAAAAAAAUGACUACAGCAGCAGUUAAAAUGAACUUUUUAAGUCUGUACAGAUUUAUCAACUUACAAAACAAUGCCGGUGAUUUUAUUUAUAUAGAUCUUACGCAUGCUGAGGCCAAGAUUCAUACUCUUGUUCUUGUUUGAUCGAUGCUCAUCAAUAAGCAGACAUCAAUUUGUUUUUUCUUGUAUUUCAGAGAUACUGCACAACCCAUAUCUGUAGAGGUAGCCUUCGUCCUGUAGUCAGAAUAAUCACUGUUUCGAUAUAAGAUAAAUUAUAUACAUAUACAAUGCAAAAUAUAGCCAGUGUAAAACCAUAUAAUUGUGUUGUUUCAAUAUACUGUGUGUCAUGCGUCGAAAUUGACUGUAAACCUGGAAGUGCAGUUAUGAAAUCAGCAUUCUGUGCAAAGAUUUUGGUUUAUCUUUUGUCAAGCUUUACAUUUUCACACCAUAAAAAAGGUUUAAAGAAUUCAUUUUAUUGAAUAACAAAUAGAUAUUAACAUGUUGAUAGAGCUGUCACAAUGAUGAAAUAUGUAAUAUUUCAGAUGGUUUAUAGCCUUCUAUAGUUUUACCUUCAAAAGGUUUCCUAUCUGCUUUCUGUAGGUUUUCUUUCUAAAGCGAGGCUUCUGUUUAAUAUCAGUUGUAUCGGAUACAAAAAAAUGCACAUCUUACAUGUGAGCAUUUCAAAUAUUUUUUAAAUUUAAUUUCUUAAAUGCUUUUGUAGAUCAUAUACAAUAGUUCACAAGAAGGGUUUGAGUAAUUUAAAAAGUUGAUUUGUAUUGUAAAUCUUAACUAUAGAAUACUCAUGUGAAUAAUGUUAGCCAAUGACUAUCUGAUUACUCAAUAAAGCUAGUAAUUGAUAUUUUGUAUCAAUAUUUAAAUAUGACUUAAUAAAAGUUACAAAACAGAA